UGUUAAUGGGAUGUCUGCAUCAUGUUGUACCCAGGGUACUUAUGCCAGAAUAGGAGAGCCCUUAAUUCUCUGAGGCAAGAAAAGCUUUCCGAAGAGUUACUUUAAAUUUAAACUCUCUUUCUAAUGUUAGGCAGCCUGUUGGAUCUCUGAGUUAAAAAUUGCUUCAGCUUUAGUUACUAGAGCCAGAUGUAACAUUGACCUUAAAUGGUAAAAGCUCCCAAGAGUGAAAGAGAGGCUGGCCCGCGGGGAAAAGAGGAAUAACUGAAGUUUUAGGUAAGUCAUCUCUAUAACCAGGAAUAAGCUCUUUUUCAGCCGUGAAACACAACGGGACCCCUUCUCCUCCUUAAAGGAAGUUCCUGCUUACAGCAUUCCAGCCAUCAGCCUGCUGAAUAUUUACUCUCCUUUCUUUACCUGUGCUGCAAGGCACCAUGCUGGCCAUGAGAAUUCCAGACCUUAAAUUCCUCUGAUAGGUGCACAAGGCUUGUGCUUACUGAGAUUGUAGAUCUUCACCCACAUCCACUCUGCCUGUGACAUGCAGCGCCGGGAGGUGCAGUGAGGCACUGAUGAGGACACCGAUGCAUUGAUGAGGACCCUGAGGCACUGAUGAACACACUACACUGAGGCUUUGAUGAGGACAGCUCCCUGAUUCCUGGGCAGGUGUCACACCUGCAGAUCGCGAGGCCUCGCAGCGCUUAUGCCUUCAGGCUAACUCCAAGCAGACACUGCCAGCAGUGCAUGGUCCUGUUAGUCUGCACUGCAGCUCCACGUGCUUCACGCUGCCCACCAUGCCAACCCUCCCUGAGGACAAGGGACAAACCAGAGAGGCCCAGCACAGCAGCUCUCCUCCAGCCAAAGACACGACUGUGGAAGGGACAACAUGCAGCACACCUUCUAUUGUUCUUCCAGAGAAUCUUCAUCUUGCACCAGAUGUAGAAAUUGAUAAAAAUCUGGUUAACAGGCCUCGGAGUCCUCACAGGAGACACUCCAACCGUGCCACCAGGAAUUCAACAAGUUCACUGACUUCUGUUGACAACAGUGGCCACGUGAUUGAUCUGGUGAAUGAUCCACUGCCAGAUGUCAAAAUCUCAGAGGAAGAUAAAAAGAAGAACCUGGAAUUGUUAGAAGAAGCAAAGAAAGUGAGUGAGAGGUUCCUGACACGCAGAGGCAGAAAGUCGAGAAGCAGCCUCCCAGAGUCUCCCACAGGGUCUGAUGCAUGCACAACCACUAAUAUUGAGUCAGUAUCUCCAGGGCAGAAUAACAGAAUUGUGAAAGAGGAGGACAGGCAAACUGCAGAGAAUGCUGCCAAAGGAUUAAUUGAUCGAAGGCAGAAUGACCAAAGAAAGAUUUCUCAGGGAAGGUUGGUUCCUCGUUCUGCUGGCUUUGAAAACUCCAAAGAGAAGCUCUCAGACCAAAAGGAAAACUUUGAUCCACGUAAACAUAUGGAUACUUUACCUAAAUUCUCUCCUUCAGCUGGUGACGGUGGCAGAGUGUCCCUUAAUACUUGCAUGAAUGUUUGUGACAAUGAACUUGGCAAAUCAUUCCUCAAGAAAGGGAAAGAAAAUGAUGUUCCUUUAAGAAGCCAUCUACCAGGACCAGGAAUAGGAAAUAUGGACUCAAAGCUCAAAAUCCCUGUUGCAGAAAUGAGGGACCAUAAAGUUCCAUGUAAAGCAGAAUUCAAACUGUGCGGACUGCGUCCUCCUCUACUACGGGCUGUGUCCUGGGAUAGCCUGGAGCCUGGCCAGAAGGAGAAAAGCCCUUUAAAAUUACCAUCUGAGGAAGAUAAAAGCUUUGGUGGUAAUAAAUCCAGCAAUCAGUUAAAAGCAUUCAAAGACCUUCAAAUCCAAGUUCAGCCAGUUCGAAUGCAGAAGCUGACAAAGCUCAGAGAGGAGCAUAUUUUGAUGCGAAAUCAAAAUUUAGUUGGACUUAAACUUCCUGAACUUAGUGAAGCAGCGGAACAGGAAAAAGGCCCUUCACCUCUCCCUUCCCCCACUGAGGAGGAAGAGACAAAGAGCAGCUCUGAUGUCAUGCCCAGCAUUCCUGAUGUGUUGCUGCGAAAACUGCGAGUGCACAAAUCACUUCCAGGAAGCUCCCCACCACUCACUGAAAAAGAAGUUGAGAACGUGUUUGUACAGCUCUCCUUGGCCUUUAGAAAUGAUAGUUAUACAUUGGAAUCCAGAAUUCAGCAGGCAGAGAGAGAGAGAAAUCUCACUGAAGAGAAUGCUGAGAAGGAACUGGAAAACUUCAAAGCAGCCAUUACGUCUUCAGCUCACCUGUGGCACCACUAUGAGCACAGGGAGGCCUACCAGAAGCUGCUGGAGGACAUCGCGGUGCUGCGGCGUUUGGCUGCCAGGCUCUCGAGCCGCGCCGAGAUGGUCGGAGCCGUUCGCCAGGAGAAGCGUAUGUCGAAGGCCACAGAAGUAAUGAUGCAGUAUGUGGAAAAUCUGAAAAGGACGUAUGAAAAGGAUCACGCUGAACUAAUGGAGUUCAAGAAACUUGCCAAUCAGAAUUCUAGCAGAAGCUAUGGUGCAUCUGAAGAUGGGGUUCCUCGUUCAUCUAGAUCCAUGUCUCUCACUGUUGGAAAGAACAUGCCUCGGAGGAGAGUCAGUGUCGCAGUUGUUCCUAAAUUUAACUCCUUGAACAUUCCUGGUCAGUCACCAACAGCUUCACCUAUACCUUCAAUGCCAUCCCUGUCUGAGUCGCCCAGUAAUGGAAGGAGCAACCUAACCUCCACUCCUGCUCUGCCAGCACUUCUAGAAAAUGGGAAGUCAAAUGGAGAGCCUGACUGUGAAACCUCAACUUCUGUGCUGACUCAGAGCGGGCUGGAAGAGAUCAGUCCUGAAAUUAAAGCCAAGAUAGAAGAGGAAGCAUAUAACAAGGGAUAUCAGGAAGCCUUGAAGAAAGCCAAAGAACUUCAGGAACUGAAGGAAGAAGAUGAGGAGACACCCAAAGAAAGUCAUGAUGAACAUGAAGAAAGUGAAAAUGAAGAUGAGAUAAAAAAUCUGAAAAGCAGCAGACUUGAAGUCAUCGUUAAUUAUUUAUAUAUCCUGUACCCCAAACUGUGCAAACACUGGAAUGUGGUGUGGCUCGUAGUGGCUGCAAUAGUCACUUUUGCUGUGGUGUUGGGAAUCUACCAUUCCUACAACUCGUGUGAUGAGAAGUCAGAGGCAGCUGAGGGGAAGGCCAGCUGUUCUGCAGCCCAGCAAUAUUCCUGGUGGAACUCAGGAUUCCGGCAGGAGCAACGCGCGGAAUAACGGCGGAACGAGCGCGCCCUUGUGACCCCUGAGCGAGUUUGUGUGUUAGGGCACCGUUGUUGAAGGUAGUGCUUAGGCAUCCCUGUGCCUCUUCCACGCGAUCCCUUAGGGAAGUGAGGUUCUCCACACCACCAGGUUUGGGAUACAGGGUGAGCGUUCCUUGCCAAUCUGAUGAAUAAUCCUGGCUGUCCUCCCCUUGUAAAGGACUCGCACAAAUAACGUGGCCUUGAGUCAUGGGAAGGUUGUGGCAGUCAUCAGCAACCUGCAAGACAUUUAAAAGAAUGAUUUGCACAGGACACUGGCAUUUUGAAGACCGUCAUAAAACCUGCAUUUGCAGUUAGUGCUUUGCUUUACGUUUCCUGAAUUGAUUGUUGAUUGUUGAAGUACUAAUUGCAUUUAAGUCCUUUGGGUUUUAAGAGGCUAAUUAAUUUCCUUAUUCAUGACUAUUGGGUAGAAAUUGAAACACUUCCAUGGAAGAAUGUAAUUAUAUUCUAAGACCAAAUGCCUUCCUGCUGAAGUAAUUUUAUAAGAGGAAUUAUUUAUCUGAUUAUGUAAAUGGGAUGCUAAGUACAUGCAUAAAUGUGUUUUAUGAUAUACUCUAAGAAUGGGACCACCAGUUUUUAUAAAGUUUUUAUAAAAUGGGAUACUCAACAGAACCUAAAAUGGGGUCUAGGUGGCACAGCUGAUAGCAUCCAGUAAGUCUGGGAAUUUCUGAUACAUGAAAGUUUCCCAAAAUUUAUGUAUUCCACUCAGGUCAGUACUGGUUACAUCCAAAACUCGUAGCUGCCUGGAGAGGGUCCGUGUGCAAACACAGCAGGCUUGGACAUGGGAAGCAAUCUUCAACUCUUUAUUGAAAAACAAAACAAUAGCUCUUCAAACCUCUGUAUAGAGGUGACCACACCAAGCAGACUCUGCCCUCCUGCUAACACUGGAAAUAAGCAUUCUGUGAGAUCUGCAGCAGGAGCAGAGUUCUGAGAGAGCCAGAACCCAAGCAGUGCCUCUGAAUCAGGCCGUGGUGGCAGUGAGGGCGUAGAAGAGCUCACUGUGUGUUUUCAGUAGUUAAUUUUCAGACUCUGAUGCCAAGACCAAAAGUGAGCUGAUACACUUCCAAAGCUGAACUUGCCACAUCAGGCUAGAAUAAUCUUUUGCCCAGGUUUUUUGCCAGUUCUGCCUAUUUGGGAGUUGUGAGUUCUUACACAAGCAUGUGAAAGCCUGAAAUUGUUGGCCAAGCAAUUAGAAAAUGAUGAAGCCAUUACCUGUACAAAACCCAGCCCCUAGGGCUGAGACCAGAGUGUGUCACUGGAGGUGUGCCAUUUGUACCUGCUGAGCAGCACUUCUGAGUGAAGGUGAACCGUGUUUGUCUUUCCAUUGCUGUGUGGAAUUAUUUGCUGCAAUAAAUGCAAAUCCAGUGUGACAAUUGCACUCCUGUCCUGCAUUCUCCUGGCAUUUUCUGAUUGAGAAAUGGGUCUGUUUUCCAAUGGAAGGAUGAGAGUGUUAUGAAGUACUGUGAUUUCAGUUCCGAUGCAGUCAAUAUUGUCCUGUCUUCUUUUGGUGGAAACACUGAACCUCAAGCUAACUAUCAAAGAAAACAGGUUUCUAACUCAGUCAGAAAUUUAAUUCAUAUAUCUGGCACUAGUAACAAGUAGUAUCCUGCUGGUGAAUUUUUGUUGGCCACAUGUUUCUUAGGAAAAAUUUAUAUGGAGAAAGAAAAAAAAAAAUAAAAAAGCAGACCACUACCUUUUUUGGGGGGGUUGGGGAAGGCAGUCUAUGUGCAAUUAGGAGGGUUGUUUGUUUUUUCUUUAAGUAUAUAUAUUGAGGACUAGUGUGCUUAAGGAAGUUCAAAAAGGAUAAUGGGAAAGUGUGAUUUGGUCUAAAAUUGCAAUUGGUAAAGAAUAAUUCAGAAGGUUUCUUGCAAAUUACUUGGAGUCUGUUUGGUUCAGCUACAAUUUCUGACUGUGAAGAACUACUGUGACCUUUCAUAUACUUUCAGUAUUGGAAGAAACUUCUCAGUUGUUUCUUCAAUACUUCUUUACUGAAAUCAGCUUCUUUAACUUAAUAUUCCUUACAAAUAACAUUGGUAAUUUAAUAAGGCAACAAAAUUAAAGGUCAAAUAACAUUGGUAAUUUAAUAAGGCAACAAAAUUAAAGGUAAAUACUCUAUUCAGAUUUCUCUAUGCCAAAAAUUAUGGCACAUAUUUAUGUGGUUGUGGAGAUGUUGGGCUGCACUGAAGAAAAACAAUUAACAGUGCCUGUAAUUGAAUAAAUUUGUUUUUAUUUACAUCUGCACUGUUGUGAGUCCAGUAACAGAUUUUAAGUACACGUGGAAAGUCAUUGAUAUCAGCAGGACUCCCUAAUUGCUUAGUGUUAAGCAUGUGAAAAGGUCUCUGUGGUCAGUGGGUGAAUGAGGUCUCCAGACUCUCUUCAAAUUCAGCACUGGCUUUUUGUGGAAUUAGUGCAAAGGGACAAUUCCCAUAAGGACUUGUACUGAUUUGAACUGAACUUCUUGCAUCUUUGAGCUAAGUAUAAUUUAGCCACAAAUGAACUGAAAGAGGCAAGAGAUGUUAAUGGGGGUGCAAAAAUGAAGGUAAAGUUUACUGAAAAACAAUUGUUCUUUUUAUAACUACUUUGAGCAAACUGUCCACUAAAAAUAACAAACCACAAUGACUAACAGCACACUAAAUAGCUAUGCUUAUGUUUUUCAGUUAUUUAAUUAAAACACCUUUUGUUUAAUAGGAAACUAGAUUAAGCUCAAAACCUAUUCUCAAUACGAUUUUAUCUGUUGGAUAUUAGUUUGCUUUAUCUGGGAAAAAAAAGCCAAACAACCUCUUCAGAGUUCAAAGAUCACAUCAGAUAACAAGAAGCAGACCUAUUAUUUAUGCUAUUACCACUGAAAUAGUUUUCUUGAGGUGCAAUAUUUAUUUUUCUGCUUUAACAAGACACAUUUAUGAUUUCUCCUGCACAGCACAAAUGUUUCUAGCAAAAGGAAUUUCAAAAGGGCACUAUUUUUGUGUAUCAUAUUUAAAUCUGUAAUAUUGUAAGAUUUUGCACAAGUGUGCUGGUAUUGUACUGUAUAGUAUCACAUACUUGAGUUUUGAAAUAAAAUUAUGGUUUCAAAGUC